AUGUCAGAUAACAAUAGCGUUGAUAUAGUAGAUAAUGAAUCUAGCAGCAAUAAUAAUAAUAAUAAUAAUAAUAAUGUAAAUAAUAAUACGGCACCAGUCCAGGGUACAUCAGUUACACUAAAGAGAAGAUUCGUUGGGAAAAAGAAAAUUGCGGCAGCAGCAGCUGAAGGCGGAGAAAUUAAAGCAGCAGCAGCAGCAGACCCAAAUACAAAAGAUAUGGUUACCACUGAAAAAAAAGUUAAAAUUUUUGGCAGAGGAUUGGCAAUGGCAGCACAGCAAAUACCAGACGAAAUUUUAAAUAAUGUUGAUUUACAAAAUGCAGUUAAAAUAUUACCAAGCAAUUAUAAUUUUGAAAUUUUAAAGACCAUUUGGAGAUUAAAACAAGCCAACUCCAAAAGAGUGGCAUUACAAUUUCCAGAAGGUUUAUUAAUGUAUAGUUGUAUUAUCUCAGAUAUUGUCGAAAAGUUUGCAAAUGUCGAAACUAUUAUUAUGGGUGAUGUUACAUAUGGUGCAUGUUGUGUUGAUGAUUAUACAGCUCGUUCAUUAGGUGCAGAUUUUAUGGUUCAUUAUGGUCAUAGUUGUUUAGUUCCAAUCGAUGUUAGUGAAAUUAGAAUGCUUUAUGUAUUUGUAGAUAUCCAAUUCGAUUUAAAUCAUUUUAUCGAAACUUUAAAGUUCAAUUUUAAACAAUCUCAAAAAUUAAUUAUGGUAUCCACUAUUCAAUUUUCUGCAUCACUUCAAUCAUCAAAAGAACCAUUAUCAGAAUAUUUUAGUAAUAUUUUUAUACCACAAGAAAAACCAUUAUCACCAGGUGAAAUUUUAGGAUGUACAUCACCAAAAAUAAAUAAAUUAAGCGAAGAAGACAGCGAAAUUGUUGUUUAUUUAGGAGAUGGUAGAUUUCAUUUAGAAUCAAUAAUGAUAUCAAAUCCACAUGUUAAAGCGUAUCGUUAUGACCCAUAUGCAAAAGUAUUCUCUCUCGAAAGAUAUGACUUUGAAGAAAUGUACAAAAUUAGAAGAGAGGCUAUAGAAAAAGCAACCAAUGCAAAAAGAUUUGGAAUUAUUUUAGGAACAUUAGGUAGACAAGGUAGCCCUAAAAUUUUGGAACAUUUAGAGAAUCUCAUGAAAACAAAUAAUAAAGAAUAUACAGUAGUACUUUUAUCAGAAAUUUUCCCAGCAAAGUUAGAUAUGUUUUCUGAUAUUGAAGCAUGGAUUCAAAUUGCAUGUCCACGUUUAUCAAUUGAUUGGGGCUACGCUUUCACUACACCUCUUUUAAAUCCAUACGAAGCAGAAGUUUGUUUAGGCGCUAUUGAUUGGCAAUCAGUUUAUCCAAUGGAUUUUUAUUCAAAAGCUGGUGGUAAAUGGACCAAUUAUUCAAAAUAA